UUAGACACUCACUUGUCUAUAACCUAAUUCAUUUAAGUUCAAAUGAAAACGAAAGUAGACGCCAAAUAUUUGUUUUAAAAUAUUUUUUUUUUAAAGAUUAAAGCUUAUUUUAAUAAGCUUUAAUCAAAAGUCACAAUGUCUACAUUAUCAGUAUUAGCUAGUUACGAUGAAUUGAUACGAUGUACAAAUACUUUGGUCAACGGAUCAUGUGAAGGAGAAUUUCUUCAAUUUGCAAUAAAUCAAGAGGAAAUACGUCAAAAAUGGUUGUUGUCUGUACAAGAAUGUCAACGAUUACAUGCAGCUUUAGAAAAAUCACAUCAAGAAGCUUCAACUCUUGAUAAAAUGUUAAGCCACGCAAGGAGAUUAUUAGAUGAAGAAAAAAUGAAACGAAGACACGCCGAGGAUGAAAGAAAUUCACUUGAAAGACAAAUAAAAUUAGCAAGAGAUCUUCUAUUUAAUGAUGGUGGAAGAAGUAUUAAUGAUGAAACUAGGGAAAAACUUCAAUUUUUAAAUAGUACGUCAAUUAAUGGUUUUCAGAAUAAUGCAUACGGAAGGGAUUAUUGCACUGAGAGAUUAAAUACGAUAACGGAGCUGGACUCCACUGCAUCAAUUUUAAGUGAUUUGAGUUGUUAUUCUAAAUCAGAGGACGAUUUAGAUACGAGUUUUAUUCUUCAACAAAGACAUAAAAAACGAGAAUGGAAAGAACAUAGGCCAAAUUGUGAUUAUGGUCCAAAAAAGAGACGAAGUUCUGUUCAAAAAAUAGCAGAUCGUAAUAAUUCUGAUCGUUUAAUUGCUAAAACUAUUGUUUCAAUGACAAGAAAUGGACCAAUAACAGCUUCUUCAGUUAUUGAAACUAUUCCAGUCAAUGAAAAUAAUGAUCCUCAAACUCCUUUACAUAAUUUGCGUAAUAGACAAAAAAGUAAUGAAAAUAGAAUGAAAACAACUCCAAAUAAAAAAGAUAAUGAUAUACUUAAGCCUUCAGAGUCAGCAAGUGAAAUUUCAUCAGAUUCUGAUUGUGAUAGUGUUUUUAAACCAAGUCCUAAUAUUGGUGGUUAUACACUUAGUCCAAGAAUUGCAAGAGGACACAAUUUUAAUGUGAAAACUGUCAUAAAACCGGAAAUUUGUACACAUUGCGGUAAAAGAAUACGUUUUGGAAAAGUAGCAUUAAAAUGUAAAGAUUGUCGAGCUACAACUCAUGUGGAAUGUAAAGAAUUUGUUCCACUUCCUUGUGUACCAGCAGGAAAUACGCCAACAUUACGAGGUGCUUCGGGAACAAUCGCGGAUUACACACCUAUGGUUUCUCCAAUGGUACCUUCAUUAGUGAUUCAUUGCAUAAACGAAGUGGAACUUAGAGGAAUGAGCGAUCAAGGAUUAUAUAGAGUUAGUGGCGGUUCAUCGGAAGUAAAAUUGUUAAAAGAAAGAUUUCUUAAAGGCAAAGGUGCGCCAAAUUUAUCGAAAGUUGAUAUUGCGACAAUUUGCUCAACACUCAAAGACUUUCUUCGAUCAUUGAAAGAACCACUAAUUACCGUUGGAUUGUGGGCUGAUUUUGUGCGAGCUGUGGCUUUAUCUGAUAAACAAGAUUCGGAUGCUGCAUUAUAUCAAGCAAUUUCCGAGUUACCGCAACCAAAUCGAGAUACACUUGCAUUUUUAAUUUUACAUUUACAACGUGUAUCAAGUAGUCCAGAAUGUAAAAUGCCAAUUAGUAAUCUUGCCAAAGUUUUUGGACCAACAUUAGUUGGUUACAGUUGUCAGGAACCAUCCGUUAUGUCAAUGCUUAGCGAAACGAAAAAUCAGGCUGCGAUCGUUGAGAGCUUGUUAAUGAUUCCCUCUGAUUAUUGGGCUAAUUUUGUUAAUUCGGACAAUGCUCAUGAAAUUGGAACACCACUAACUGGAGAAUUGAGACAUACACCUUCCACUGAAUCUCUUUUAAAAAAUUCAACUUCCAGGGGAUUUUUUCAUACUCCAUUAGGCUCAAGUCGUUCGUUUCUAAGGAAGAAUAAAAAAUAUUUUAUCACUACGCCAUCAAAAGAAAUCCUGUAAGACUGAUUAUUUAGCUGAAUAAUAUAUUUCAAUGAACAGUAUUUAUUUUUAUAUUAAUUAAGUGCCUCGUACAAUUAACAAUAGUAGUUUAAUUUUGUUUUUUUUUUAAAUUUUACGAGUCACUUAAUAGAAAAUGUAAGACGUGUAAAAACUGUAAAGUUGAUACAAAAAAAAAAAAUUUUUUUGUAAACAAUUUCCAAAAGUUUCAGUUCAAUAUCGGUUUAUUAUGAGAGUAAUAUUAAUCUUGAAAUAAAUUUUGUAGAAAAAAUAAAAUCAAUUUUAAUGUUAAUAAAAAUACAUUGAAUUUAUUUCGAUAAAAAA